AUGAAAAUUCUGUGUCCGUUUUUGUGUAUCUUCUUCUUUAUCUCUCCAUUCGUCCCCCGGCCAAGAUGGGCCCAAAACCGGCUGGUUCUUCGGUCUCUGCCUCUACGGCUUCGGCGGACCUCUUCUGGUGACGCUGGGGGCCUCGGGCUGGACCUCGCCGGAGCAGAUGUCGUCCGCCCGAAUUUCGUCCUCCCUGAGUGCUGGUUUAGUGACGACAACUCCCGUUGGGCUUAUCAGUACGGCAUUAUCCUGGCGCUCCUCGUUGUGAACCUGAUCCUCCUUGUGUGGUCUGCCAUCCUGUCGGCGAGGAGGAUGAAGACGUGGCUGAUUCACCGAGCAUCUGACAAGAAUCAAGGAACCACCCUCUUCUUUUGGCUCUUCCUCAUCAUGGGAGUCGCUUGGAUAUUGGAAGUCAUCACAUGGCAAGCUGCAGGGCAUUGCAAGAUCUGGAUGAUUGUGCUCGAUUCCGUGAACUCCCUGCAGGGAGUCUUCGUCUUUCUGGCUUCCGUCGUCUUCAGGAAGGACUUGAAGUUCCAAGGCUGGCGAUGGAGCCGGGUGCCCACGGACGAGCCAGGCCCUUCCAACGGACGGUAUGCGACAAGCAGCGUGGAACCCAAGCAGCCGGCGGCGACACGAAGCGCUGAGUGAAUCCCGGAAUUGCUCUUCACCGAGAGUGUUUCGUGUUCUUGUUUCUUCUUCUCCGUCGUCGUCUCCUUGUUCUUUUUUAUGUCUUUCGUUCUUUCGCCCUUUUCUUUCCCUUCUACCUUGUUUUGUUGACGUGGUAGAUGUAUUUUAGAUAAAACGGUCUAAUCAUUGAUAAUUCUACCAUGGUUUCUCUCUCUGUUUUCAAAAUUUUCUUUUGUUUUGUUUUAUUUGAUCUAUUUUUAGAUUGUUUUACUGUAAAGUUCGACGUAAAAAAAAUAAUUGUGAAAAUAUAUUAUUGCCCCUGUUUCAUCCAGCCACAAACCAUCAUUAUUUUCAUUCCAUUCUAACAUGGUUAUUUCGAAAAUAUUACUCACAUGAACAAUCAAUAUCAUCAUGUAGGGGGCACUGUAAGCCUUGUAGAUCACCAAUUACAAACAAAAUCAGAACAGAAACAAAGCAAAUUCAAUCGAGAUCAAUUCACAGCCCAAUCUCCGUUCGACUAUUGGAUUCCUUUGUAAGAAAUUCCAAAACUAAAGAUAAGCGAAUGGCGACGCCUCCCUCCUUCUCUGGCCGACAAGAGCAAUAAACAACUGAUAACAAUAGUGCCUUCGUCGUCAGGUUUCACUGUCAGGUUGAUGUCAUUCGACUAAAGUGAUUCUUGUCAUUUGAGCUCCACCAGUGACCUUUCGUUCCAUUGGUCAGUUGCAUAUACUUGGAGUAUCUAUGACUCU